GAGGGGGCGCUAAAGGCAAUUUCUGCUUAGGGAAAUAUGGGACAUCUCCCAGUAGGCACAGGAAUACAGAAGUAGGUCUUCCCCCAUCUUUCUCUCGGCUGUCAUUGGCUCUAGUGUGCUCGCACGUGUCGGGAAAUGGAACUCUCUGCUUAUUUUAGGCCGGUCUCGAUGCUUCGUAACGUUCCAUGGCGCUUUAACUGCCGGCGGAGGAGCUCUCGAGUGGCCCUCAGUACACUCACCUGGUACCAGAUGUUGCUGAAGGAAGGAGACUUGGGGAAGCCAUUAGCAGAUGGUUCUGGUGGAGUUAGUAUCUUGGGGCCAGCACGGCCAUUGAGUCGGCAGGCUCUGAUUAAGCUGCUGGCAGCAUCUGUGGUGCACAAAGAUGGUGCGCUUGUGGCUAUCAGCAAACCCCCUGGCUUGCCUGUGACAGGAAAGCCAGAUGAUGACAUGACUUUAGUUUCUCUUUUGCCUGAUCUAAGCCAGAAACUGGGCCUCUCACAGGAUGUGCGGUUGAUCAAAGCUCCAGGAAAGGAAAGCUCUGGACUUGUGCUGCUCUCAGAUUGCCAGAGCACGAUCCAGCAUUGCCAGGAAUUCUAUGCCCGGUGUCGCAAAGCAAGACAACCAGAGGCUACCUACUGUGCUGUCACUACCAGAGUGCCUGCAGACUCAGAGGGUGAAAUUAGCACAGGCCUCCAGCUGAUUCACAAGGAAGAUUCUGACCUGGUGGUGCCGGUGGCCUCUCCAUCUCGUGGCAGCCUCCAGAAGAAGGAGGUGAAAAACACAAAGACGUGCUACAAGGUGUUGGACUCUGAAGAUCAGUGUGCCUUGGUGCAGCUCCAGCCGCUGACAGUCUUCCCGUGUCAGCUCCUGGUGCACCUGACACUGAUACUGAGUCCAGCCCUAGGGGACCACAUGUAUUCUUCCCGCGUAGGGGCAGUCCUGGAGGAGCCCUUCCUCUUGCCUGCUGAGACCACUCCACCUCGGACACAGGUCUUGGAUGAGGCUCUGUUGUGCAAGCUGAAUUUGAAGCAGCCGCAAGUGCAUCGCCUGCCCCUUCACCUCCACCUGCACCAGCUCCUCCUGCCUGCUGCCACCUCCUCUGCCUCCAGCACGGUGCUUACAGCUCCUCCUCCUCCUUUUUUCCUGCAGACACUUAGUCUUCUGGGGCUUUGUUUUCCAACAAAAGAAACAAGAGAAAGGCAUUCAGAGCAUCUGCCCCGACCUGGCAGGAAUCGGACCUGCUCUCAGAAACAGUAGCCUAAAGCCAGGGGAAGAAGGCCUCUUUGGAAAGACUGAGCCUGGUUGCUGCGGACAGAGAGAACAAUCUUGCCCCCUGUUGGCCAGAUGCACACAUUGAAUAGCAAAGAGUGUCCUUUACUGGCAACAGCUGGCUUUCUAACCUCUGUUGCUCUAGCAGAGGUGAACUGUUUUUUUCAAGACUUCUUGUGUAGCACGACUGGCAUCUAAGACCAAACUCAGCUCUAGGGGUUGUAUUUGUGCGGAGGCGUAGAAUGGCAGUGGGUUCAGCUGCUGCCUCGGAGUUGCUACGUGCCAUGGCAGAAUGAGUUCAGGCGCCGUUCAAGCAUAACCAUGUCCUAUUCAAAUCAGUGGGAUUGGCAGUACCCUUAGUGCAGUGGUGUAAUGCAUUUAGAAAAGGCAUUCCUCAGCCAUUAGGUUGGUCACCUUGGAAGGCCUGAAGAGAUUGUAGGCAGCAUUCUCAUCCCCUUAGAGGCUGAUGCUUUUGGACUGUGCUGGUGAUGAGGGCUCAGCCGCUUUCCCGAGACCUUGUUUUGCUGUGCGAGGAUUGCAAGCCUGGAAAUAGUGCAAAAGAGCAGCUUUAGCCUUCCUGUCCUAUUUUCUCCUCCACCUCCAGUCCUUCUUUGGCAUGAGGAAUCUUGCUGAAUUUGCUGUGUAUGCAUUUUUAAAAAAAAAAAUCAAUAAAGUUUUACUGUUGUUAAGCUCUUAA